AUGGACUCGUUUACUUUCCGCAUGCAGCCGCCAGCACCAGGAAUGACUGACCUCAAUGACGACAAACAACCACGAUACCCCGUCUUCGAAGAUGGACUACAAGUUCGCAUGACAGUUUUCGUGGAUGAGCAGAAUUGUGCUCCAGAGAAUGAGGUUGACGCCGACGACGACCGGAGCUGGCAUUGGGUUGCGUAUGCUUACGAUGCUGAUGCUGGCGGCAAAGCUGUAGGCGUGGUUCGUCUCGUCCCGCCACCGCAUGAAGAGGGCCACUACCACCACCACCAGCAUGGGAGCGGAAAGCCGUUUGCCAAGAUCGGCCGUUUGGCUGUUCUGGCUGCGUAUCGAGGCAAAGGGCUUGCUCGAAGACUGGUCGAGAUGGCGCUGAGAUGGGGGGUUGAGCAUAGGUUGGACGUAGGUGGUGGAUGGGGGGGAUUGGUGUUGGUACAUGCGCAGACGGAUGUCGAGGCGAUGUAUGCCCGGCUGGGCUUCGAGACGGACAAGAGUCUAGGACAGUGGGAUGAAGAAGGGAUUCAGCAUGUUGGGAUGUGGAAGACGCUAGAGUUAUGA